CAAAGAAACAGCGCAGAAAGGCUAUCGACUCUACGAUUACACUGUUUGCUGGCUAAACACGACUUUCAGUUGUUAAGACAGGUAUCAGGCAGGUUGCUAGCCACCGAGCACUAACGGAACUUCAAAUCUCGUUAGCUUUCUCACUGUGAAGCCCGUUAACCCGAUUACCUUCCGCACUGUACCGGCUAUUGGUGUCCGACGAGCCAUUUACUUCAAGUGGACCGUAAGAAACGUACCGGCAACCCGACCUAACGUGUGGGAUCGGGUAACUCGGUCCUAUUGUGGAGGGGGAGGACUUUGUAUACCCACUACCAUGGCCACUGGUGACGUGAGGAGUUAUGAAUAAGUCUACCUCUUUAGAACACAAGCCUGUGGAGUCACCUUAUCAUGAACCGUUCUACUAACGUCAGGACACGAGGAAAGGGCCCACAGACAUGCCUACCGCCGAACAGAAACUACUCCGAAUCCAGGAAGAGGCACAGAUCACUCUGAAGGAAGCCAUGAGAAACGAAAGGUCGAAGCGGUGGAAGCGGGUAGUAGAAAACUACAACCACCUGUUAAAACUGGUGUGCCGUCGGAACUUACCGGAAGGAUACGAACCGCCCGCCAGUAAACAUAUCAUGUUGCUGUACGAGUUGUACUACCAUCUUGGAUUGGCGCUACAGAACCUGGGUCGUCACCGCGAGGCUAUCAAGCAAUACACCAAAGCUAUUAAGGUCGUCAGCAUACCGAAGAAUGGCUGCUUGGCGGGGUGUCACUCCAACUCUUGUCUGAUGACGCCACUUUUUGCCAAGAGGGCCUUCGCUUAUGCAAAAUGUGGAGACAGGAAAAACGCACUCAGGGAUGCAGAAAAGGCAGUGGUGCUAGACAAUGUGAACCCGGAUGUGUACUGUAUCAGGGCUCUAACAUGGAUGACAUUCAAUGAGGAGAAAAUGGCAAUACAGGAUUUGAGCACAGCGCUCAAGCGAAACCCUCGUCACGCAUGCGCAUUGAUCCUGAGGGGUACGAUAGACCGACCAAUGAUAAUAGACGUUCCAGAGGUCAGCCAAACGGUUAUCAACAAGGAUCAUGUGAAAGCUCUUGAGAUGAAUCCGCACACAAAUCUGUAUCUUGAUGUGAAGGACUUCGACAGUCCCAAAAUCAUCGACUUUUACAACAGGUUUCUGUUCUCCCUAAACGUCCCCCACACCGUGUCUACCAUCAGCCUGCUGUCAGAGGCGCACAGCUACAGACAAACACAGACGGACAGACCACAUAGUCCACCGGGGCGCCCUGCCGCAGCCUGGUCAUCAGGCUCUGUCCCUGCAGCCACACAGCUGUCCUCCCCCGGCACACCCUCCGCAGACACCAGCAGGCCCGCCAGACCGCCCUUCCGGUGCGGCACGCCCAGCAGACUGCAGAGGAGCACAGAGUCCGCUGUGAGGCGCUGGCAGUACGGCAUGGCCAUCAGGGCACACUCCGUCCAGCAAACAGCGGAUCCCAUCUCUGGUCACAUCCGAGCGCUGACGGGUGAUAGGCGGUCUCAGAGUGCACAGCCGAUGAUGUCUGGCAUUAUCAAACCUGUACAUCCAGCCGCAGCCGCACAAGUUCGACACAGAGCCCAAACUGCCACGCCCUUCACCAAGGGAGCCACGCCCAUGGCAACCGGUCUAGCUGCUCCUAGUGGCGCAUCAGCAGAAACUAUCAAGGUGUUUGAAGACGUUAACCUGGAAAACAUGCCGAGAAUGUACUACAAGCCAUGGAAAGGAGACAAACUUCCAACCACAGAGACUCAGAGAAGAAAAACUGCUCCAGUAUUCAAAGUAUAACAAGAGUUUAUGACUCCAGAUUAGCAGGAAAGGAAUAAAAAUUCACAGGGUGACUGAAUUUGUUUGGUGCUACCACAGAAAACAAGCUUUUCACUCAAGCCAUAGGAUUUGUUUUGUUUACAUUUGUACACUGAUGUAAUGUACAUUGCAUAACUUUAUAUCAGAACUGCAUGCACUUUGCAAAUUAUGUGAGUGUCUCAAGAGAAAGUUUAGGCACAAAAAUGUACCAUGAUACAGUACACUGUACUAUCAUUUGUGGAAAGGCAGCUUCAGUGAAAACUUCAUCAAAUUUGGAAUAAUAGGUUCAACAGGGAAUAAGGGUGUUUUGAAAGAAUUAUAGAUGCCUGUCAUAAUAGGACGAUUCUGUAAACACCUUCCUCCUAUCACCACAUGUCCCAAUUUGAGUUGAUAUGCAUUGUUUGUUGUUUUGAAGUAUAUUAUACACAUGUCUUUUACACUGUACUAAAGUAUGAAUCAGAGCUACUGAAAAAUAAAGUUUUUGUCUUAUCAUUUUUUUACACUUUUUUACUUGCUUGCUUUUUUUUAAUUAGUUGUAUGGGGAAGACCUCAAAUAUUGGUAGACCAAAUUGGUCCCCAAGCACAGUCUUCUUGUGUAUUUUACUUUGUAUUGAUUUUUAUUAUGUGCAAAAUA